UCUGGGUCCAGCAUUGCAGCUUUUGGCAGAGGCAUGGCGUCGGCCUCCACCAGCAAGAAGGUGCGGGAAGAGGCCACCUGCUCCAUCUGCCUGCACCUGAUGGCCGAGCCCGUGAGCAUCAGCUGCGGCCACAGCUACUGCCAGGCCUGCCUCCUGCGCUUCAUGGGCCCGUCUUCCUCCCCACGGAGACAGCAAUACAGGGAGACCUUCUCCUGCCCCCAGUGCCGGGCUUCCUGCCAUAGAGGCAGCCUGAGGCCCAACAAACAGCUGGGCAGCCUCAUCGCCGCCCUCCGGGAGCAGGAGCAGGAGCAGCAGCAGCAGGAACAGGAGCAGGAGCAGGAGCUGUCCUGCCAGGAGCACGGGGAGCGGCUGCACCUCUUCUGCGAGGACGACGGACAGCUCAUCUGCUGGCGCUGUGAGCGUGAUGGGCAGCACAAGGGCCACAACACGGUGCUCGUGGAGGACGCGAGCACCGGCUACAGGGAAAAGCUGCAGGAAGCGGUGAGGAAACUGAGGCAGCUGGAAGAGGAAUGCACGAACCAGAAAGCAAUCACGGCGACGCAGAUCGCCCAGUGGGAGGACGUGAAGGGCGCCCUGAGCAGGAGCCAGGCUGUGCGGCUGGUGAUGCCGGAGGCCGUCUCCUUGGAGAUUGAGGCCGAGUACAAGGUCCCUGAGGUCUCCUUUGACCCAAGGAAAGGGUUGAGCAGCCAUCAAGGUACGUGA